UCCCCGCCCCACGUACACACACACACACAGACACCCGCGCCGACAACGAGGAAGCCGCGGUCCGGGACAGCGAUGACGCCUCCAGUCCCAAGUUGUCUUCUUGGGUGUUGCGGCUGCCAAGCGAGACGCGGCCGGGAUCCUCUCUCCUUGCGCUUCGCUGCGGGACGAUCGGGGCCGACUGGGGAGAUCCCCGAGCGUGUCUUCUCCUUCAUACAACCCCGAGUUUGACGUUUCCUUUGACACCCGGUUUGCGAGACUUCCUGGAAAGGGGGCCCGAGCAGGAAGAGACAAAAUUGACACGUGGACCUUUUUUUUUCUUUCUUUCUUCCUUCCCCCCCUCCUUCCUUCCCCUUUUGGUCUGUUUUUUCCCCUUUUCCAAUCCCAGGGCGGACGGCGGCGAGGAGAUGCUGGACUGAUUUUUUUUUUUUGUCUCCGGGGCGAACCUGGGGUUAGGCGUCGUGGGAUCCCCCCUCCUCCUAUUCCCAAAUCAACCGACGCCCCCUGCCCCUCCGGUUGCUGCUUUUCAACCCCUACCAACUCCGAGUCCAGCUUUGAAUUCCGGUCUCUUGUCUGGAAAGAAGAGUCGCUGGAGAAGACUUUAGAAAACUUUUAAAAAGUUUAGGAAACUUUUUACUCCUCCUGGCUGUUUUGGAAAGGUCUGCCACCUUCUCAACUUUCUUCACCCUCCCCGGUAGAUGGGACUUUCUGGCUCUCUUGUUUGGCUUGGUGCUUUGUUCAUUUGUGGAUUUACAUACACACCCAGACAGACACACCUUGUUAACUCAGCCCUUGGAUGGCCUUGAGCAUCGGCAACAAUGGAGCGCAGGGGGCCAACCUGCUGGCAUCCCAACCUCCCAAGGAGCAUCAGCUGCCAGCCGCCAGAUGCCCCCAGCAGGACGCCCUGAAAAAAGAUGGAGGGAUCGGGAAUGUCUUUUGGUCCAGGCCUGAAUCCCGAUUAUGGACCACGAUGCUCCUGCUGGGAACCUGCCUGCUUUACUGCGCCAGGGUCCUAAUGCCCAUCUGCGUGGUCACCAUGAGCUCUCGCUUUGACUGGGACAAGAAACAAUCCGGAAUUGUGUUGAGCAGCUUCUUUUGGGGUUAUUGCCUGACCCAAGUUGUCGGAGGCCACUUGAGUGACCGGAUAGGAGGGGAGAAAGUCCUUCUCCUCUCCGCCUCAGCCUGGGGAUCCAUCACCGCCAUCACGCCCCUGCUCAUUGCCUCAAGCUCCGCCCACCUGACCCUGAUGACCCUCACGCGCUUCCUGAUGGGACUGUUGCAAGGAGUUUAUUUUCCCGCCUUGGCUAGUCUGCUUUCCCAGAAAGUACAAGAGAGUGAACGAGCAUUGACUUACAGCACAGUUGGAACUGGCUCUCAGUUUGGGACAUUGGUGAUGGGGGCAGCUGGCUCCCUCCUGCUUGACUGGUAUGGAUGGGAAAGCGUCUUCUAUCUUACAGGCCUGCUUACCUUGCUCUGGGUGUACUGCAUGUGUAAAUUCAUCUUGCCUCUAAAGGAAAUAAAAGUCUCACUACACGAGUUGGCAAAGGGUCUCUCCUUAUCCUCCAAACCAACCAAAGUGUCUUGGAGAAAAAUAUUCAGAAAGCCUCCCGUUUGGGCGGUGAUUGUGGCGCAGUUGUGUGCGGCGAGCACCUUCUUCACCCUGCUCUCCUGGCUACCCACUUUCUUCAGCGAAACCUUUCCCGAUUCAAAGGGCUGGAUUUUUAAUGUCAUUCCUUGGCUGGUGGCAAUUCCAAUCAGUUUGUUUGCUGGAUUCCUCUCCGAUCAAUGCAUCAGUCAAGGAUGCAAACCGAUCACUGCUCGUAAAUUUAUGCAGGUCAUCGGAUCUGGGGUAUCCAGUCUUUUCGCCUUAGGGAUAGGUUACUCCACCAGCUUUUGCCAAGCAGUAGCCUUCGCCUCAGCCAGUAUUGGACUUCAGACUUUCAACCACAGUGGAAUCUCAGUCAAUAUUCAGGAUCUGGCUCCUUCGUGUGCGGGUUUAUUGUUCGGUGUGGCAAACACAGGUGGCGCUUUACUGGGUGUCAUUUGUGUGUACCUAGCUGGACACCUCAUCGAAAACACAGGCUCCUGGGUGUCUGUUUUCAAUCUCGUGGCCGUUGUGAAUGCCCUUGGCCUUUGCACAUUCCUCAUCUUUGGAGAAGCUCAUAGGAUGGACCUGGAUCCAGCCUACAUCGACUUAUAAACACAUCAGCAGACUUGGAGGGAAGGGUCAAGAUUUUGAAACGGAGAAUGAAAAGCAGAAUC